UUUACUCAGCGGUCGCCACCGUAACACGAGGUGGCGGGUGGAGGCAGUUCUCCAGUAUUACUGCAGAGGGCGCACUCUUCCCGCUAACGUUUCAGACCCUUCCUGCGCAACACAGACGAAGAAGAACUGUUUGGAGUUGACACCAACAUGGAUGUAAGCUUCACUAAAGGGAAGUCGGCCAUCCUGGAGCGGCCAUUGUCACGACCCAAGACAGAGGUCAGCUUGAGUGCCUUUGCCUUCCUCUUUUCUGAGAUGGUCCAAUACUGCCAGAAUCGAGUGUACUCAGUGUCUGAGCUGCAGGCGCGCCUGGCUGAUAUGGGCCAAAGCGUGGGGGCCAGCCUGCUGGACGUCCUGGUGCUCCGGGAGAAGAACGGGAAAAGGGAGACCAAAGUACUCAACAUCCUGCUCUUCAUCAAGGUGAAUGUCUGGAAGGCUCUGUUUGGCAAGGAGGCAGACAAGCUUGAGCAAGCAAACGAUGAUGACAAAACAUACUAUAUUAUUGAGAAAGAGCCACUGGUGAACGCUUUUAUAUCUGUGCCCAAGGAGAACAGCACUCUGAACUGUGCUGCCUUUACUGCCGGGAUAGUGGAGGCCAUCCUUACCCACAGUGGCUUCCCUGCCAAAGUCACUGCACACUGGCACAAAGGCACCACACUGAUGAUCAAGUUCGACGAAGCGGUCAUCGCCCGAGAAAAGCAACUGGAUGGCAGAUAGAGACUUUGAGCUGCAGAUUAAAGGAGAGACACUUGGAUUUUAUAACUUUGUAAACUGCGUGGGUGAGAACUGUGGGGGCCAGUUGACUUGACUUGGAAAAAUAUCCUUAAGUUACAGUUCCUUAUUACUCCAGUUGUUCCUUGAAAGCAUUGUGUUUCAUCAUUGUCAUGAAAAAUCUUCUAUUUCCAAAAUAACUUUAUAGAAGAAGGAAAAUGUUCUUGAAAUCUGGUUAUGUAACUUUAAAAUUGUUAGAAAUUCAAAUGCUCCAUUUGCAAAGAAGUGUUCACACGGUGUAGCCACUGGUUUAACUUGGUGUAAAAAAAAACAUUUUUAGAGAGGAAAAACACAUUUAAAAGGGUUUCUUAUGAUGGUGAGGAUAUGUUUUAAAACAUGUCUGAACCAAAAGACCAAGAUCUUUCACCAGGAAUAGUUGCAUUAGCAUUCUUUGUCUCAGGGAUUUAGAGUUUACCUCAACAGAUGGCGAACAUGUAUGAAAUGUCUGACUGCAUUCGGCUGUAUGUCGUUGAUGGUAUUAUUAGACUAUUUUAAACAGCGUUAUAGUAUGGAAGCAGAUUGAAUGUGACUAAAUGAAUGAAGGCAAUAAUGGAACAUUAGACUGUUAACAAUAUUGCAUCCCUUGCUGUUUUGAAAAACAUCCUGAUGAAAACAUGUGCCUGAACAUGUUAGUUAUUGAUUCAAAGCUUUGCUGUGCCUCUGGUCAAAUACUGAUUAUUCUGCAAUGUGAGAGCUUGUAGGGCACAAAUUAAGAGACGAGUCCUAACUGUAUGAGGGUUAAUGGGCAUUGUGCCAGUGGUUUCAGUGAAUAGCCCUAACCUAACCCAGAUGUCCAAGUGGACAUCUGAAUUAACUGACUGAAAUUUAUUGUUAAUAAUUGCAAUUCUAAUAAGAGAAGCCUGCAAAAAUGUUUACCAACAUCUGAUGAGACCCAUCUACCACCCCGCAAAAGCGCUGUCAAAUAAAACGAAAACUGUCAAAAUAAAAGUCUCUGUCUACGUG